GAGGGCUCAGAUGGAGGCAGUCAGGGGAGUUUCCCUGUUUGACAGCAGCUCACAGGCAGCUUAGCCUCCGCUAGCUAKGCUAAGCUAAGCUAAGCUAASASCGACAAACUGAGCUAGCUCACCGUCUUGUGCAGGGAACACACACCAUGGAUUUGAACGACGUCCUUUCGCAGCUUGAGGCUGCAAACGAAGAAGACACGAAGAAGCUACUGCACCGCUACAAUCAAGAGAACUUUCAGACCUUUAAGUUUGACAAAAAGGAGGAAGCCCUGCGCAUUAAACUGUGUCAGAGUGUACUGAUGGUCUUCAGGAAGCAGAUACAGCCCAGCUGUCAGAAGGCAUGUCUGGAAACGCUCCGCAUCCUGUCCAGAGACAAYCACGUCCUGGCACCGGUGGCCACCAGGGAGGGGAUGCUGGUCCUGACRGGGAUGGCAGGGCUGCACACCGAGCGGGACGAGGCUGACAACAACCAGGGAGGCUCCUCGCAGUCAGAGGAGGAGCAGAUGGUGGUGGUGGAGGCCUUGAAGUGCCUGUGCAACGUGGUGUACAACAGUCCAGCAGCGCAGCAGGUUUGUGUGGACCUACAGCUGGCCCGUGGCCUGUGCGCCAGCCUGCACUCCUCCAGCUCGUGGCAACACGAGGUGGGCCUGUUCGUCCUGCGCCUCCUCUUCCUGCUGUCCGCCCUCCGCCCUGACGUGAGAGGGAUCCUGAGGAAAGAUUGCCACGCCGUGAGACUGCUGACAGAGGUGCUGGAGCACACCCUGGACGUGCACUGGGUCGGUCCCUACGAAGCUGCCCGUCCGGAUCUGCAGGCCCUGCCUCUGCCUGCGGAGAACAACGAGCGAGCGAUGGAGGCUCUCAAAGCCCUGUUCAACCUCACGCUCUCUGAAGCUCGGAAUGAGGAGGACGACCAUCAGUUCCGACUCAUAGCUGCCAUCCUACGCCACCUGUUGAUGCUGAAAACUGAGAUGGAGGAGAAAACGGAGGAAGCUCACAGCCACGCCGUCAACCUGCUGAACAACCUGCCUGUGUCCUGCCUGGACGUGCUGAUCGACCUGCCUGUCCAGGGUGGGCAGGAGAAAUACGGCGGGAAAAACAUCGAAGUGGUGCAGGUGCUGCUAGACUUCAUGGAACAGAGGAUCGACAAGGGCUCCAACUACAAAGAAGGUUUGACUCCGGUGCUCAGCCUUUUAACUGAAGGGUCCAGAUGUCACAGGGAGAUCCGCAGAUACCUCAAAGCUCAGGUCCUUCCUCCUCUGAAGGAUGUGAAGAACAGGCCGGAGGUGGGCAGCACCAUCAGGAACAAGCUGGUUCGCCUCAUGACACAUGUGGACAUGGGCGUGAAGCAAACGGCGGCGGAGUUCCUCUUCGUCCUCUGCAAAGAGAGCGUGGACAAUCUGUUGAAGUACACUGGAUAUGGAAACGCGGCGGGACUCCUCGUGGCUCGAGGUCUCCUUGCAGGUGGAAGAGGAGAGACUCAGUACUCUGAAGACGAAGACUCGGACACAGAAGAAUACAAAUCUGCCAAACCUUUCAUCAACCCCAUCACUGGUCACGUGGAGGAGCCCAUGCCCAAUCCGAUUGAAGAGAUGACCGAGGAGCAGAAGGAGUACGAGGCGGAGAAUCUGGCCAAGAUGUUUGACAAGUUGUCAAGGCAGAACGUCAUCCGACCGAUGGGCGUCAGGCCUGACGGGACGUUAGCGCCUCUCGAAGAAACCCUCUGCGAUCCUCCCGAAGAGAACUCUGAAUCGGACUCUGAGUAGUGCACUUCAGGCCACUUUCCCCAGACUUUUAAGUCCUCGGUGUGGGGGUCCCUCACGCCUCCAUCGAGACUCGAGAUCGUCCAACAAAUCUGCGCCGCGCCACACUUCGACGUCUCCCUCUGGGAGGUGGCUGCGUCAGGCGAAAAGAAGAAGUAGCACAAACGCUGUACAUUGAACUGGGACGCCCAGAUUACUGUAACGAGUUUAAGAUACUGAACCACUGGCAAACAGUUUGGCAUGUUAAAGGCUGAAAAACAUAAAUCUGUUACUGUCGAGCAUCUAUUUGCUACACUUUGCAGGAUUAUUAAUCGUGGAUUUAAAGUUUAAAGGACUGAAAUGAAAACUCUACUUUCCUAGCCUGGUUUUUGUAUUUGUCGAGCAGCAGGUUGUGUUCAGGCCACUCUUAUUGAAGGGAGGUCUUUAUGGUCACUGUCGCAUCACUAGUUUUUCUGCUCCCCCCCCAAAAAAAAAUCUGAAUAUUUUUGCUGGAUUUAUAGUUUUUAACCGCACUGUUGCCAAGGUUAGAUAAAUCAUUCCUUCACGUGUUUUUUAUUCCUUUCAGUUUAAAGUUUAUCUUUGUACCAACAUAUAUUUAAAUAUAAAAAUGUGGUAGAGGCGGGACAGUAAAGCACUCCUUUGGCUUAAACUCAUGCUUCUUGUUGAGAAUGUAGAUUGUGUAAUUUAAAGAAAAUCAAAAAAAGGCAGCUCAGUGAGUUUUUAUGAAUGAAACUUUCUGGAUUGAGGGCUGAUGAUCACUUCAGGAGAAAAAAAAAACUUCCUGUGGUGAAUUUUAUGAGAAUGAAAUGUUUAAACUGCAAAGUUUUAUUUUAGCCAAAUUAUAAUUUAUUUGCUUGAGUUGUAAGAUGUCGGCUUCAUGUACAAACAUUACCAAGCUUUACUCGGUAGGAAAAAAACGGUGAGUAAUCAGAAGCACACGAUUCACCUCAAUCACCACUGCCUGCUCUCACAUCACUAAUCCAACACUUUGAUACUCUGAGCCUCGUCCUACAUUUASAUUUCUCUGCCAUUCAUGUUUUUUCUUAGUGUGUUUUGUAAACUGAUCUGAGUACAGAUCUUUCCUUGUGUUUUCUGCCACAAUCURAAGAGGUACGGUUAAACUGCAUGCAUCGUGGGGUGGGGGGGGAGUCAAUCUUAUUUUUUGUUCUUUUUGCACACUUCUUGCGUACUGUAGGCACCACUACUUAUUUUAUUCAGAGAAGAUACCACUUGAAGUUUAAAUAAAAGUGGAGAGCGAG